AUGCAAUCGAUAUACCGUAGUGCCGUGCGAGUCAUAGUCUGGCUUGGUGAAGGUACCGCAUCCCAGCAAAACGACAAGUUUCGGCACGAGGAUUUGGAUGCGGAGCAAAGUCGGCUACUGGCUAAACUUGACAAGGCUAUGCGGUCUGCGAAACCUUGGUGGCAUGAAAGAAUCUGGACGCUUCAGGAGUUCAUAUCUGCUAACAAAGCUCCGAUCUUCCUAUUCGCCGACCAAGAAAAGACGCUGCCAAAGCUCCAAAGCAUGUUAUCAGAGUCGGGCUCAUCAAGCCCAUUACCAAGAUCCCAACGGCUCGCGGCACUCACACAGGCUCUCGCAGACAGACAGCAAGUGCUUACAAGCCUAGCCGAUGUUGAGCUGUCUCUGAUUGACCGCUUUCUGAUCCUCUGCCUGGCGAUCACUGGCGCCGAAGCGACCGAUCCUCGUGAUCACGUCUACGCGGUUCUGAAUCUCAUGAGCCAACGGGUUGCUUACCAGAUUAAAGUCAGCUACCUUAUAACACCAGCUGCGCUUUUCACGAUGUCGACGUCAGCAGCAAUCGAAGGCAUCGGGUCUCUCGUCCCUCUGGCUUUGAAGCGCUUACGACCUGCGAGAUCUAUGAUCCAAGAGGCUACUGUUUGCGAAGGCUUGCCGUCAUGGGCGCUUGACUUUUUCAACAUUGCCAACAUUCGAUCACACACGACUAAAAGAAUGUCGGGUGUUGAUACCCUGUCGAGACUAAGAUUUCAACUUUGCGAUACUGCUAGCGUCAGCACAGUCACGGUUGAGCCCAUAUACGAUGAGGAGAGCGAACGUCUGCGUCACAUACUAUCAUCUCUGGGUGUAACAAUGCAUGAUCGCAUCCGAGAGGUCGUGUCCCUACGAAUAUUACUUCUUGCUCCUGAACAUGGUGCACAGACGUGGGUUGGAGGACGAAGGCAUAUGAGCUGGUCUACAGGAGGCACCAGGCUGUACCACACGUCGAUAGGAUCUACUCUGCGAUCUGCGGUGCUACGUUCCACUUCGGCGUAUGAAGGACAGGACGGACAGGGCAGACCGGUGGCGUCGCUCGACUUUCUCGAUGCGCUGGAGAAGGUGUUCAGUGUGCAACGCAGUCUGUCGGAAAGCAUCUCAGUCACGCGAGAAGAUCGUCGCGCGGAAGAGGCACGCGGAAGCGACGUCUGGCUCCAUGAUCGUUUGAAGUACUGGCUCGAGUAUCUCAACGCCGUAUCUGGUAACGCAGUCUUUUGCACAACAGACGACGGACGCUAUGGUUUGGCCAGCAGUACGACACAGGUGGGCGAUAGGCUUGCGACAUUACCGUCGAUGAAAGCUCCUGCCGCUUGA